AUAGAUCGAUAAACAACUCAUGAAGUGCUCAUUCGGUUUGCAAGACGCUUUUUGUCCGGUCGAGUCUGUGUUUGUAACUAUCUGUAUAUAACUUUUAUACAAUGGCUGGAUUUGGUUCAUUUCGGGAACACUUUGAUCAGAAAAAUGCUGAUCAGCAGGCAGACCUUACACCUGAUCAGAUCGUUGGCCGGAAUCUGGAGCAAAUUUCUAGAAACGUUAUGCAGAUCAAGGCCGUGUUGGGGACUUUGGAACGGUCAGUAGACAUUCCGGACAAACGAAGAGAGCUCAAAGAUCUUCAAAACGACACUCAAAGACUAACCAAAGAAACAGAUACCGCACUUAAGAAGCUCGCUCGAAAUUUGGACAAGACACCAGAGUUACGAGUACAAGAAAGGCGUCUUAAAGAAAUCUUCCAGGGCCUCCUGUCGGAAUACAGCGGCCUCCAGAAAACCAUCCGCUUCCAGACCAGGGACUCGCUGAGAAGCAGUCUCAAUAAGUCAGGAAACUUUGACAUUAAGGUCACAGACGAUGGCUCACUUGAGAGGGAUGGAGAACAGAUUCAAAUAGAACAGAUAGAGUCUGAGGCCGAACUAAACCUUAUCAAGGAGCGUGAGUCGGAUCUCAAACAACUAGAGCAAGAUAUAACGGAUAUAAACAGCAUCUUUAAAGAUCUUAGUGAAAUGGUUGAAAAGCAGGGCGAGAAAAUAGAUAUAAGUGAAAAAAAAGUCGAAAAGGCAGUGGUAGAUGUCGAGGUCGGCGUAAAAGAACUAGAAAUUGCUAAAGAAAAUGUGACACCCUCAAGAAGAAAGAAAAUAGCGCUGAUUGUAAUAGUAGUAGUGUUGUUGGUGGUCGUCGUUACAAUUAUUGUUAUUGUUGCCGCAUAAAAUGAUCUCCCCCUCUGUCCACACAACUUUGACAAUUGACAAUUGCUCAUAUAUAAAAGAUGGACAUUCGGUACAGCAUUAACAUUAAGACAUUUACAGUUUAAAGAAAGUUACAAAUGAAAUUAAUGUAACCAGCGUUUCAGUUUCCUAUUCCGGAAGCCGGCUUGCUUGAUGCAAUAAACUUUUUGUAAUUUAA